CCAGGUUCACAUGGAGAGCGAGUAUUGCUUUCUCCUCGCUCGUUCACAUGAGAAUUGAGACAUGGCCACCGGCCUCUUCCCAUUCUCUCAAUGUCGUCUGUCGAUCAGCUGAUCGAUUCUUCAAAGCAAAUGAGCAUCCAUCUUUCAUCCUGUGCUGAGCUCGAUCGCCGUCGUUCAGCUAUCGAUCUGUUGAUUUCAUUUCAUUCAACAACAGCAGCACAGCACUGAAGCAAGCUAGAUGUCUUCUGCCUUAGUUGCCCUCUACGUCACCAUCUGCUCGGUCCUCUUCCUCCUCUCCAAGAUGCUCAUCUCCUUCCUCCUCUACAAGAAAUGGGCGCGCAAGAAGAGGAUCAUCGACAACAGCCUCGCUGGCGGCAAGAUGGUCAUCUUCCGCUCCGCCACCAUGGCCAUGCCGCAGUCUCUCACCCCCAAGUCCUUCCUCGCCAUGCUCAUGGGCCUCUCCACCAAGGACGUCAUCGGCGCCGGCGGCUACGGCACCGUCUACCGCCUGCGCCUGGACGACAAGACCGCCUUCGCCGUCAAGAGGCUCAACCGGGGCACCCACCACCACGAGGCGGACGACCGCGGAUUCGAGCGGGAGCUGGACGCCAUGGGAGACAUCAAGCACCGCAACAUCGUCCCGCUCUGCGGCUACUACGCCGCCACGCACUUCAACCUCCUCAUCUACGAGCUGAUGCCCAACGGCAGCCUGGACCAAGCCCUGCACGUGCACGACCAUGCCCACCGCCUCAUCCUCGACUGGCCUGCUCGCUACCGGGUCGCCCUGGGCGUUGCUCGCGGCCUCUCCUACCUCCACCACGACUGCAUCCCGCACGUGAUCCACCGCGACAUCAAGCCCAGUAACAUCCUCCUGGACCACCACAUGGAGCCGCGCCUCUCCGACUUCGGCCUCGCCACGCUCAUCGUCAAGCCCAACGCCAGCCACGUCACCACCCUCGUCGCCGGCACCUUCGGCUACCUCGCGCCCGAGUACUUCGACACCGGCAGGGCCACCACCAAGGGCGACGUCUACAGCUACGGCGUCGUCCUGCUCGAGCUGCUCACGGGGAAGAGACCCACCGACGAGUCCUUCCUGGAGAACGGCACCAGGCUCGUCACCUGGGUCAGGGAGACCAUGGAAGAGAAGCGGGAGGAGCACGCCAUAGACGAGGCUCUGCUGCACCACCCCUUACACUUACACACCGAGGAACUCAGGUUGCUCUUCUCCGUCGCCGACAAGUGCCUCCACUCUGAUCCCGCCAACAGACCAACCAUGGCGCAAGUUGUCAAGAUGCUCGAGCAACCCAACAACACCCACCACCACUCAUCGUCAUCAUCAUCGCCAGCAGCAGCAGUAGAAUCAGUGCACUGACUGUACUAGCAGCACUCCUCCAUCUCUCCAUAAUGGGGCAUGUAUAUGAUCGACCAACAGAUGAAUUAACACGUACGCGCCAUCGUUGCACCAUCC